CGCGCCGGUCUCCGCGGAGUGCGGACGUGUUAAGUGUCGUGUUGAAAGUCUCGUGAGAUUGAUUUAAUCGAGCGAGACAUCACGAAUAACGAACCGAUAAUAAAAAUCUAGUCAAACUUUGUACAUAAAGUUGUUUUCAACAUGAAAUAGAUUACUUAAAUAAUAGUUGUGAUUAAAACUCCGUCUAUAUAAGCUUUUAGUGUUAGUGUUUAAUCAGUUUUUUUUAAUAUUAAUAAUUGUUAUUUGUGUUAAGCAAAAUGCAAAUUUUAAAAGCAAGGUUCGCUUUGCGUGCUAGCGCUUCGCACUUUCAAGCAUGGAGCUCCGCGCGAUUUAAAUCUACAGACUCAAAGAGCGUAGACUAUAAACCAAUCAGAAGUGUGCUGGUCGCGAACAGAGGUGAGAUCGCCAUCAGGGUGUUCCGAGCAUGCACGGAGCUGGGCAUCCGGUCUGUCGCAAUAUACAGCGAGCAGGAUCGCCUUCAAAUGCACAGGCAAAAAGCCGACGAAUCAUACGUAGUCGGCAAAGGCCUGCCGCCAGUAGAAGCUUACUUAAGCAUUCCAGAGAUCAUCAGGGUAGCAAAGGAGAACGACGUAGAUGCGGUGCAUCCGGGAUAUGGAUUGCUAUCCGAAAGGUCAGACUUUGCAGAAGCAGUAAUAAAUGCCGGUCUUCGAUUCAUCGGACCCUCACCAUCCGUUGUCCAGCAGAUGGGUGAUAAAGUUGCAGCGAGGAAAGCCGCUAUCGAAGCUAAAGUGCCAAUAGUCCCCGGUACGGACGGGCCGAUAACAACAAAGGAGGAAGCCCUGGAAUUUUGUAAACAGCACGGUCUUCCCGUUAUAUUCAAGGCCGCUUACGGAGGCGGUGGCCGUGGUAUGAGGGUGGUAAGAGAAAUGAGCGAGGUUGCCACUUCCUUUGAAAGAGCUUCAUCAGAAGCACUCGGUGCCUUCGGGAAUGGCUCAAUGUUUAUAGAACGGUUCAUCGAGAGGCCGAGGCAUAUCGAGGUUCAGUUACUAGGUGACAAAGCUGGAAAUGUAGUACAUUUAUACGAAAGAGAUUGUUCGGUGCAAAGGCGACACCAAAAGGUCGUUGAAAUUGCUCCCGCCCCAGGACUUGACCCAGAGAUUCGUAAAAGGAUGACAGACUGUGCGAUUCACUUGGCGAGGCACGUCGGCUAUGAAAAUGCGGGUACCGUGGAAUUUUUGCUUGACGAUAAAGGAAAUUUCUACUUCAUUGAGGUCAAUGCCAGAUUACAAGUAGAGCACACAGUCACAGAGGAGGUGACGGGUAUAGAUCUCGUCCAAUCGCAGAUCAGGGUGGCCGAAGGUAUGACUCUACCGGAGUUGGGUUUGACGCAAGACCGGAUCAAGACGCAAGGAUACGCUAUCCAGUGUCGGGUCACGACUGAAGAUCCGGCAAACAACUUCCAGCCUAGCACUGGUAGAAUUGAAGUUUUCAGAUCCGGCGAGGGUAUGGGUAUACGUCUGGACUCUGCGUCAACCUACGCCGGCGCUAUUAUCUCACCGUACUACGAUUCCCUGCUAGUCAAAGUUAUAUCUCACGCUCAAGAUUUAUCAGCAUCGGCCGCAAAAAUGAACCGAGCACUUCGGGAAUUCCGUAUCCGAGGCGUCAAGACCAACAUCCCAUUCUUGCUCAACGUGCUAGAGAACCAGAAGUUUUUGAACGGAGCCGUGGACACUUACUUCAUCGAUGAGCAUCCUCAACUCUUCAUGUUCAAAGCCUCCCAAAACCGCGCUCAGAAGAUCCUGAACUACUUGGGCCAAGUGAUGGUGAACGGACCUGCCACACCGUUGGCCACGCAAAUACCGCCUUCCGAUGUGAAGCCUUACAUUCCUUCAGUGCCAUUGGACCUUUCACCUGAGGCCAUAAAAAGACAGGAAAUGACAGGUGAAAAUACAGCUGUCAAGCCACCGAAGGGCUUCAAGGAAAUCCUCAAAGAAGGUGGUCCAGAAGCCUUCGCGAAAGCGGUUCGAGAGAAUAAAGGGCUUCUGCUCAUGGACACAACAUACAGGGAUGCCCACCAGUCUCUGUUGGCGACUCGCGUGAGGACACACGAUCUAUUGGGCGUAUCUCCUUACGUGGCACAUAACUUCAGCAAUUUGUACUCUUUGGAGAACUGGGGUGGAGCUACCUUCGAUGUUGCUCUUAGGUUCCUCCACGAAUGUCCUUGGGAGAGGUUGGAAGAUAUGCGCAGACUGAUUCCCAACGUACCUUUCCAAAUGUUGCUGCGAGGAGCAAACGCUGUCGGCUACACCAACUAUCCUGACAAUGUCGUCUUUAAAUUCUGUGAAAUGGCGGUUAAAUCCGGCAUGGACGUGUUCAGAGUUUUCGACUCGCUAAACUACCUGCCGAACUUAAUCCUCGGUAUGGACGCGGCGGGUAAAGCCGGUGGCGUGGUGGAAGCUGCCAUUUCAUAUACAGGGGACGUAUCGGAUCCCAACAAGAAGAAAUACGACCUCAAAUAUUACUUGAAUCUUGCCGACGAGUUGGUGAAGGGUGGAACGCACGUUCUAGCUAUCAAGGACAUGGCUGGUCUGUUGAAGCCACAGGCGGCCAAGCUACUUAUAACUGCAAUCCGGGACAAGCAUCCAUCUGUACCUAUCCACGUGCACACUCACGAUACAUCGGGCGCGGGCGUGGCGUCAAUGCUGGCGUGCGCGGAAGCGGGUGCGGACGUGGUGGACGUGGCCGUAGACUCGAUGUCCGGAAUGACCAGCCAGCCGAGUAUGGGAGCAUUGGUUGCCUCGCUGCAAGGCACUCCUCUUGAUACCGGAAUUCCACUACAAACGGUAUCCGAAUACUCAGCAUACUGGGAACAGGCUCGCACUUUAUACGGCCCGUUCGAAUGCACCGCCACAAUGAAGUCCGGCAACGCUGAUGUUUACCUCAACGAGAUACCCGGAGGUCAAUAUACGAACCUACAGUUCCAAGCCUUCUCGUUAGGACUCGGCAGCCAGUUCGAGGAAGUAAAGAAGGCAUAUAGAGAAGCGAACCUUCUGCUUGGGGACAUAAUCAAAGUAACCCCAUCGUCCAAGGUCGUCGGUGAUUUCGCACAGUUCAUGGUACAGAACAAACUCACCGCUGCAGAUAUUGAAGCUAGAGCCGAGGAACUGUCCUUCCCCAAAUCCGUUGUGGAGUUCUUCCAAGGUGCCAUCGGUAUACCUUAUGGAGGAUUCCCAGAACCGCUCAGAUCAAAGAUACUAAAAGACAUGCCCAGAAUUGAAGGCAGGCCUGGACAAGAACUUGCACCCCUAGACUUCGACAAGCUGAAACAAGACAUCAAAGAAAACUAUCCAGAGGUUACAGACCAGGAUGUGAUGUCGGCUGCAAUGUAUCCUCAAGUGGCGAACGACUUCUUCCGCAUCCGGGACAAGUAUGGACCCGUCAAGCAUCUAGACACUAAGACCUUCCUCGUUGGACCUUCCGUUGGCGAAACAAUCGAAGUGAAGAUCGAGCGAGGCAAAACGUUAGACAUCAAGACUUUGGCCAUCUCUGAGGAGAUGACGGCUGCCGGUGAAAGAGAGGUGUUCUUUGAGCUGAACGGACAACUGAGAUCUGUGUUCAUCAGAGAUGAACAAGCUAGCAAGGAAAUGAAGAUCCACCCUAAGGCAGUGAAGGGCGACAAGAACCAAGUUGGGGCUCCGAUGCCCGGAACAGUCCUGACCAUCAAGGUCAAGGAGGGCGACCACGUGGACAAGGGGCAACCCAUAGCGGUACUGUCUGCGAUGAAGAUGGAGAUGAUUGUCCAAGCGCCAAUGGCUGGCACCGUCAAAUCCGUGGCCAUCACAAACGGUCAGAAACUCGAGGGAGACGAUCUCAUCUGCACCAUCGAAUAGGUAUACCACCGUUGUCUUCAGAGUGCCAAGUGUUAAGAUUUACUACCUUCGUUUACUUAUACGAUCGCGUGAAAGUUAAAUCAAGUUACAAUACUGGAACACUAGAUGUCGCUCUUUCGAUACCAUAUAACAACAAAGACGUGCCGCUAAGC